AUGCUGGGCACCGUGCCCCUGCUGGUGGCCCUGCUCCCGGGGACCACCGCCUUGCCCAGUGAGCCAGCUGAGCCCCCGUUCCCUGCGGCGCCCGGGCCCUGGCUGCGCCAACCCCUUUUCAGUCUGGAGCUGUCGGACGCGGAGGACGCCUUCCCGCGCCGUGCGGGGCCGCUCGAGGUCCCAGCAGACAGCCGCGUGUUUGUGCAGGCGGCCCUGGCCCGUCCCUCCCCGCGCUGGGGCCUGGCCCUGCACCGCUGCUCCAUAACACCGUCCUCGCGCCCAGCCCUGGGCCCCGCCCUGGCGCUGUUGCGCGGGGGCUGCUCCGCCGACUCCUCGGUCACCUUCCCGCCACCGCGGCUGCUCCUCGGUGCCGCCCGUCCUGCGCGUUUCAGUUUCCGCCUGCGCCCGGUCUUCAACGCCUCCGUGCAGUUCCUGCACUGCCAACUGAGUCGCUGCCGCCGCCGCCGCCGCCGCCGAGCCCGCUGGACGCCUGCGCCUUUGACGCUGCCUCCACUGGCGCCGUGUCUGCCUCAGGAUGAGGCGUGCGCGGGCGCCGGCAGUGGCAACGAUGAGAGCCUGGGUGCUAACAGCCCCCACCUGCACACACUGACGCAGCCCAUCGUGGUGACUGUGCCACGGCUGCCCCCCAGGCUACCCAAGGGCUUCCCCGGCAGAGCUGUGCGCCCCGAGUCUCCCGCGCCGGCCCCGGAGGCCCUGGAGCCCGCGCCGGUGGUAGCACUAGUGUUGGCCGCUUUCGUGCUGGGCGCCGCUGUGGCCGCCGGCCUCAGCCUCAUGUGCGCGCACUCAGCGCCCCAACUCCCCGGUCAGCCCCCGAGAGCCUCGCCCAGCGGCCCCCUGCCCAGGAGGCCCCAGUGAGGCGGAGAUGGCGCGCCCCCAGCAGGGUCCGGACACAAACCAGCCACGGCCUCGUAUCAGGCCCGCCUCGGGGGACUACGGUACUCGCUGGAACUACGAUCACUGCGCCCGCCUUCCUUGCUUCUCCU